UCUUUUUGGGAGAAUUUACCCAAGAUCUCCUUAACAGCCGGAGCCCUGAGGGAACUGGACCGACGAAGCGGCCCUCCACAGUUAGCCCAGAGGUCGGACUUUCCAUCACUUGAUCCACGGUUCCACACUAACACGAUAAAGCAUUAUAGACCGACAGAAUUUGCCCCUGAUAUCAUUAAAGCCUGCUCGCCAAACGAUCUGAAGGAAAUCAAGAAACUGGCGCGGAGGGGAGGCCCUGACAUCUCCAGCUUUCAAUAUUUCCUCCCACCACCUCAAGCAUUUGACGACAUCUCAAUGGAACCGGCAAAGUUCAAUUCCCACGGUACGGGUCCGUCAUCUGAAAGCAUGGAGCGCCCCGGUAGAAAGGCUACUACGACAUAUAGCCGCAAUUUCGAGCAACAUUUGAUAUCACAUAACAUCUACCCCGUGGGAUAUAUGUAUCCGGAUGACCGUAUACCUGCGGACCCGAGGAAUCUGGAUGCCAUCAACGCAGUUCUAUCUAAGCAGAGAAAUUCUCCUCCCCCGUCCGAUGAAGACUUUGGAAAAUUUCGACGAGCCUGUCCACACGCGUCUAAAGAGGACCUGGUCACAACGUUGCUGAUUCCUAAGAUUGAGGGCAAUACUAGCAACCCUAGAAAUAUGGGUGCCGGAUACCCUUUUCGCAACCUUGCCCCAUUAACAAAUGGGGGGAUUUCCCACGCCAAACCGGACCUGUUUCAUGGGGCACGCCCUGGCGAGUUGAAUGAUGCAGUCUGCCAGGAGCUUAACAACCAGGUAGCUCCUUCAACGGAGAUUCAUCUACCACUCGCCCCGAACUUCUUUUUAGAAGUAAAGGGCAACCAUGGAUCAUCUUCAGUCGCUGAUCGACAAGCUUGCUAUGAUGGCGCACUCGGAGCGCGAGCUAUCCAUGCCCUCCGGACUUUCCGACAAGACCAGGACCAGGAAUCUGAUGGCAAUGCCUAUACCAUUACAGCGACUUUCCAUGACGGCACACUGAAGCUCUUCACUACCCAUCGAACGGAACCUCGUAACGCUAGCGAACGCCCCGAAUAUAUCAUGACACUGGUGGGAGGCUGGUUUAUGCCGGGCAAUUUCGCAUCCUUUCGGCAAGGCGUAGCAGCCUACCGGAAUGCCCGGGAUUGGGCGAAGGGGCAGCGAGAUGAGAUUAUCUCGCGGGCGAAUGAA